GGGGCCUGUGGGGAGGAGGACCUUAGGUGAUCCUUAGAAAUAAAGGCUAGUUCCUAUUCGGCCUUGGAGUAGGGCGAAGAGGUGUAGACAGGCCUGAAGAAGCGAAGUAACAGCCUGAGUAAAAGCAAGACGUUGGAGAAUAUGAGAUACAUCUCAUCCCUAGUAAAUACUUAAAUGACUUCCCCUCCUCCCGGAGUCAAGCACAAUUCGGGGAUGCAAUGAUGGAUGUAGGUGAAGAUACUACAGGAACUUACAAAACUGGUUUGUGGCCUGUUUGAUUCCUGUCAGAGGUUUGCUGACCCAAGACAGUAUCGAAAAUGCAUAUUAAGUCGAUUAUUCUAGAGGGAUUCAAGUCCUAUGCUCAGAGAACCGAAGUCAAUGGUUUUGACCCCCUCUUCAAUGCUAUCACUGGCUUAAAUGGUAGUGGAAAAUCAAACAUAUUGGACUCCAUCUGCUUUUUGCUGGGCAUCUCCAACCUGUCUCAGGUUCGAGCUUCUAAUUUACAAGAUUUAGUUUACAAAAAUGGGCAGGCUGGUAUUACCAAAGCCUCUGUGUCAAUCACAUUUGAUAAUUCUGACAAAAAGCAAAGUCCUUUAGGAUUUGAGGUUCAUGAUGAAAUCACAGUAACAAGGCAGGUGGUUAUUGGUGGUAGAAAUAAAUAUUUAAUCAAUGGAGUCAAUGCUAACAACACAAGAGUACAGGAUCUCUUCUGUUCUGUUGGCCUUAAUGUUAACAACCCUCACUUUCUCAUCAUGCAGGGCCGAAUUACAAAAGUAUUGAAUAUGAAACCUCCAGAGAUUUUAUCCAUGAUAGAAGAAGCAGCUGGAACCAGGAUGUAUGAAUACAAAAAAAUAGCUGCACAGAAAACUAUAGAAAAAAAGGAGGCUAAGCUGAAAGAAAUUAAGACGAUACUUGAAGAAGAGAUUACUCCAACCAUUCAAAAAUUAAAAGAGGAAAGAUCUUCCUACUUGGAGUACCAAAAAGUGAUGAGAGAAAUAGAACAUUUGAGUCGUUUAUAUAUUGCUUAUCAGUUUUUGCUGGCUGAAGAUACCAAAGCACGCUCAGCUGAGGAGUUAAAAGAAAUGCAAGAUAAAGUUAUAAAGCUUCAGGAAGAAUUGUCUGAGAACGAUAAAAAAAUAAAAGCACUUAAUCAUGAAAUAGAAGAAUUGGAAAAAAGAAAAGAUAAGGAAAUUGGAGGUAUACUUCGAUCUUUAGAAGAUGCUCUUGCAGAGGCUCAGCGAGUUAAUACUAAAUCUCAAAGUGCAUUUGAUCUCAAGAAGAAAAAUCUGGCAUGUGAAGAAAGCAAACGCAAAGAGCUGGAAAAAAAUAUCACUGAGGACUCUAAAACUUUAGCAGCAAAGGAAAAAGAAGUUAAAAAGAUAACAGAUGGACUGCAUGCCCUUCAAGAAGCAAGUAAUAAAGAUGCUGAAGCUCUGGCGGCUGCACAGCAGCACUUCAAUGCUGUUUCCGCUGGCCUGUCCAGUAAUGAAGAUGGAGCAGAAGCAACUCUUGCUGGUCAAAUGAUGGCCUGUAAAAAUGAUAUAAGUAAAGCUCAGACAGAAGCCAAACAGGCUCAGAUGAAGCUGAAGCAUGCUCAACAGGAAUUAAAGAAUAAACAAGCUGAAGUUAAGAAGAUGGAUAGUGGCUACAGGAAGGAUCAAGAAGCUUUAGAAGCUGUAAAAAGACUUAAAGAAAAACUUGAAGCUGAAAUGAAAAAGCUAAAUUAUGAAGAAAAUAAAGAGGAAAGCCUUUUGGAAAAGCGCAGGCAGCUGUCUCGUGAUAUUGGUAGAUUGAAAGAAACAUAUGAAGCUCUAUUAGCCAGAUUUCCCAAUCUUCGAUUUGCAUACAAGGAUCCAGAGAAGAACUGGAAUAGAAAUUGUGUGAAAGGACUUGUGGCUUCUCUGAUUAGUGUGAAAGAUACUUCUGCAACCACAGCUUUAGAAUUAGUGGCUGGAGAACGACUCUACAAUGUUGUAGUAGACACAGAAGUUACUGGUAAAAAGCUACUCGAAAGGGGGGAACUGAAACGUCGAUACACCAUAAUUCCACUCAAUAAAAUUUCAGCCAGAUGUAUUGCACCAGAAACUCUGAGAGUGGCUCAGAAUCUUGUUGGCCCUGACAGCGUUCAUGUGGCUCUUUCCCUGGUUGAAUAUAAACCAGAACUUCAGAAAGCAAUGGAGUUUGUCUUUGGAACGACAUUUGUUUGUGACAAUAUGGAUAAUGCCAAAAAAGUGGCCUUUGAUAAGAGGAUAAUGACUAGAACUGUAACUCUCGGAGGGGAUGUGUUUGAUCCUCAUGGGACAUUGAGUGGAGGUGCUCGAUCCCAGGCGGCUUCUAUUUUAACCAAGUUUCAAGAACUCAAAGAUGUUCAGGAUGAACUGAGAAUCAAAGAGAAUGAGCUGCGGGCUCUAGAGGAGGAAUUAGCAGGUCUUAAAAACACUGCUGAAAAGUAUCGCCAACUAAAACAGCAGUGGGAGAUGAAAACUGAAGAGGCAGAUUUAUUACAAACCAAGCUCCAGCAAAGCUCAUAUCACAAGCAACAGGAAGAAUUAGAUGCCCUUAAAAAAACCAUUGAGGAAAGUGAGGAGAUUUUGAAAAACACUGAAGAAAUCCAAAGAAAAGCCGAAGAAAAAUAUGAAGUAUUGGAAAAUAAAAUGAAAAAUGCAGAAGCUGAGAGAGAGCGAGAACUGAAGGAUGCUCAGAAAAAACUGGAUUGUGCCAAAACAAAGGCAGAUGCAUCUAGCAAGAAGAUGAAAGAAAAACAACAGGAAGUUGAAGCUAUCACUCUGGAACUGGAAGAGCUCAAGAGAGAGCAUACAUCUUACAAACAACAGCUUGAAGCUGUAAAUGAAGCUAUCAAAUCCUAUGAAAGUCAGAUUGAAGUAAUGGCAGCUGAGGUGGCUAAAAAUAAGGAGUCAGUAAAUAAAGCUCAAGAAGAAGUGACCAAGCAAAAAGAGGUAAUAACAGCCCAAGACACUGUAAUUAAAGCUAAAUAUGCAGAAGUGGCAAAACACAAGGAACAAAACAAUGAUUCUCAGCUUAAAAUUAAGGAAUUAGACCACAACAUCAGCAAACAUAAACGGGAGGCUGAAGAUGGUGCUGGAAAGGUAUCCAAAAUGUUGAAAGAUUAUGACUGGAUUAAUGCAGAGAGACACCUCUUUGGCCAACCCAAUAGUGCCUAUGAUUUCAAAACUAACAACCCUAAAGAAGCUGGUCAGAGACUUCACAAGUUGCAAGAAAUGAAGGAGAAACUAGGAAGAAAUGUCAAUAUGAGAGCUAUGAAUGUAUUGACAGAAGCUGAAGAGCGGUAUAAUGACUUGAUGAAGAAGAAGAGAAUUGUAGAAAAUGACAAAUCCAAAAUUCUUACAACUAUAGAAGACCUAGACCAGAAGAAAAACCAAGCCCUAAAUAUUGCAUGGCAAAAGGUGAACACGGACUUUGGCUCUAUUUUUUCUACUCUUUUGCCUGGUGCUAAUGCUAUGCUUGCACCACCAGAGGGUCAAACUGUUUUGGAUGGUCUGGAGUUCAAGGUUGCCUUAGGAAAUACAUGGAAAGAAAACCUAACUGAACUCAGUGGUGGUCAGAGGUCUUUAGUGGCCUUGUCAUUAAUACUGUCGAUGCUCCUCUUCAAACCUGCUCCAAUUUAUAUCCUUGAUGAGGUAGAUGCAGCCUUGGAUCUUUCUCAUACCCAAAACAUUGGACAGAUGCUGCGUACUCAUUUCACACAUUCUCAGUUCAUCGUGGUGUCACUAAAAGAAGGUAUGUUCAACAAUGCAAACGUUCUUUUCAAAACCAAGUUUGUGGACGGUGUUUCUACAGUAGCCAGAUUUACUCAAUGUCAAAAUGGAAAGAUUUCAAAGGAAGCAAAAUCCAAGGCAAAACCACCCAAAGGAGCACAUGUGGAAGUUUAAACUACAAGUUUAUUUCUUCAUCUGGACCUGUUUUUUUAAACAUAAACUUUUAAGGACUUGGGAUAAGUAAUUUGUUGAUUUAAAAAAAUUAAUGUUACUAUGUUACUUAACCCAUAUUUUCUCUUUAUAUAAUCACUUAUCACUUACAAAUGAGCAUAUAUUCCUCAUCUCUUAACCAGUCUAAUUAUGGUCCAAUUAUUGUGAUUGUGAUUUUAUGCAUAUCAUCAAAUGUUUUUUUCUUACGCAGGUCUUUUAUAUAUUAGGAAUCCUGAGAUACCCAAUUCCAUAUGUAAAAGCUAAUAUACAAAAAAGCAGAUUAAAUUACAUGAUAAAUGUAGCUGAUCAUCAGUGUUUAAUUGAUUUAAUUCCUAAGGCAAUAUUAAUGUGUUUUCUAUUCUAAUAAAGUCAUUCAGGUAAGGAAGAAUUAUCAAUCAGGUAACUGGACCAACAAUGGGAACACAUAUAAAGCUAUUAUGCAUGCACAGAGCUGUUUGAGGCCAGUUUUUUAACGACACAACUCCAGACCCCUGAUUUAGACUGAGAUAGAAAACAGAUCUUGAAAGAUUUCUUAUUUUAAUGAUACAUGAAUAUCAUGUUCCUAUAUGCUUAAUAAUUGGUCUCUGUGACUUUAAUGUUUUUGUUUUUUUAAGCUUUAUAAGUAUUUUUAAAUAAAAGCUUAGGAGAAAGUGUGUUGCGUGGUACUAUCUGCUGCAAGUUUAUCUGAAGUCUGUUAAUAUUUUCCAAGAUUUUUGUCAGCCUUUUCAUAAUCCAGUCAUCAACAGCCUAUUGGUAAACACGAAUGUAGGAGCCUGUAGACUAAACCAAAUUUAUUUUUCCCUGAGUCUGAUACAUAUAUAUAUAUUUGAUAUAUCUAUUUGAGAUAUAUAUAAAAUGUAUAUAUUUAUAUCUGAUAUAUAUCUGAUAUAUAAAAUAUAUUUAUAUCUGACAUAUAUAUAAAUAUAAAUAAAUCGAUCCAUCUGUUCCACCAAAAUAACUCAAAAGUUGGAUAAUUAUUUAUGUCUUCUGCUUUCCAGUUCAAAGGGAUGAAAUUCCUUUAGAACUUGAAAGAUGACACUAGCAAACACCAUGAGAAUACUGUCUACAGUUUUUAGUAUCUUUAGGUACAUCAUCAGUAGAGCAGUGACUCCAAACUGAAUCAUAAAAGCUCUGAUGUGAUGUAAUCUGAUCUUCCAUGUGUUAUUUUGGCCCCACAUCUCUUCUUGAUUUUUUUAGUCUAUUUCCUUAGUAGUAUUAUCAUACUUUCCCUGAUAUAUGGCUGUACUUCCUGGCCCUGGGCUUGACAUUUCUCACCCUUCAUUCUACAUACAUAUGAGAUGUCAGAAAACAUGCAGUAAUUGAUAUUAUGGGACACAUUGGAAAGGAUUGAAUCUGGAAUUAGUUCUCUCCACUGUGGAGGGGAGAGGAAAUAAUGCUGUAAAUGUUGAGUUACAAAAAGUCUAAUGUCAAAUAGUUUUUUUGUUUUCCUUUCAGAUGUAUCACAAACUGUGCCAAAACAGUUAUCAAUUCACACAGUCAACAUUAAAGUAUACCAUAGUAUACAAAUUAGUCAGUACUUGCUGUUAAUAUUUCUGAUUUAAUAGUUAUUAAGUGGUACUUCAUUGCUGUUUUAGCCAGUGUUUAAAAAAUAAUUUGGGAGGUUGAACUUCAUUGCUGUUUUAGCCAGUGUUUAAAAAAUAAUUUGGGAGGUUGACUAUCUUGGCUUAUGUACUCAUUUCCUUUUCUCUGCUAAAAAUUUUCUGCUUGUAUGCUUUCCUGAUUUUUGUCUUGUAUAAUCUUGAUCUUUGACAAUCCUCAAACAUGUAUUAAAUUUUUGUAAUUUUUUUUUUCAUUAGAGGGAAGUCAUUAAGGGGAUUGGGGACAUUUGUUUCACACAUCUGCAAUAAUAUGAGUUAACUAAUAUUCACCAAGCUCGCUCUUUACAUUUUUCACAUUGUAUAUAUUGUCAUAUUUAAUCCUCAAAGUAACCUAGUGAGGUAAAUACUGUUGUCAGCAUGGUGUAACUGAGGAAUUGAGUUGAGCAGAAAAGUUAGGAAACUUGCUCAGGGUGAUAAUACAAUUAGGAGUGUCAGGGCCCAUGUACAAAUCUUGUCAGUCUCCAGAACCUAAGAUAUACUAUGUCACUGACAGCUUGAACAUUUGUAUUUAUUGUACAGAAUAAAUUUAAGAAAAGUA